GUCUAACCGUCAAUACGUAGACCAUGCUGAACUGUUACAAUGGCUGUUGCCAUGUGAUUGGUAGAAUAGUCGACGUAAGGACAUGAAUUCUUGUUUUAUACAGAAAGUUUAAACGAAAGAAAGCGUUACAAUGUGGUUACAAAUAUGGUUGGUUGUAAGUACUUCGUUACUACAUGCCGAAUCAGCGGGCUUAACUAGCGAAGAAAUAUCUAAAUUCUCUGUCUCUGGAAAGUACGAGGCCACAGUAACAGUGGACCAGUCCAACUCAGAAUAUUUCCUGAUAACAGCAUCAGGAAUACCAGAUCAUCCUUGGGAAAUUGUGAAUCCAAACACUCCGAUAAACCAAAACUACAAUAUAAAGAUUCCUAAAACACCAACAGUAUCACCUAAUAAAGCAUGUGUACCAUUCGGAAAGAUUGGACUGACUAGAACAGGUGUAGCAAUAUAUAACCCCCUGGCCGGCGGAUCAGUCAAUGCUGUAGAAGGAGGGAGCGCAGAAACUUUUGACAGUUGUGAUGGACAUACGUCACCUGAUGGAUCAUACCAUUACCACAAAAUUCCCGAUAGUUGCUUAUAUAAUAACACUGUAGAUGAACUUAUUGGUGUAGCUUUUGAUGGAUUCCCAAUAUAUGGACCAAAUGUAUCUGACAUAUCUGAUAGGUGGAUAACUUCGGCGGAUUUAGACAAAUGUCAUGGGAGGGAGGUGAACGGCCAAUAUCGAUACCACGUGACCGAACAGUGGCCAUAUUUUCUUGGAUGUUACCACGGCACUGUUUACGCUGAUGUUGUAACAGUCACAUAUGAUUGCGAUUUGAAUAGUAAUGAUUGGGACACAUGGACCUAUUACCUGUGUGAGUGUCCAGAAAACGGAGGAGGUGGGGGCGGAGGAGGUGGGGGCGGAGGAGGGGGUGGAGGUGGACUACCUCCACCAUAUGAGUGUCGCCCAGACAACCCAAAUCGUCCUGCAAACUGUCCAAAUGGACCACAACCGUCGCAGCAACCAGCAACCACAACUAAAAACAACAUGCAAAGUGGACCGAUACCAUCGCAGCAGCCACUAACCACAAUAAGCAACAGUGUAAAAAGUGGUGAUGGGAAUGCAGGAAGCUGCUUAGGUGUUAAUUGGAUGUUUUUUAUAUUCAUUGUUUUGAAAUCUUUUCAAGCCUUUUUAUAUACUUGAGUACCCAGUAUUCGCUCAAUUACAGAACUUAAACUCAUAGUAAAUUAGAACAGGAAACGCACGGCUAUGCUACUCACAUGUUGUAUGCAAGGAUCAGUUAAUUCUAUCAUUGUUUUAACUUUUGUCAAAAUGAAAUAUUCUCUCAGUAUGGUUAGUUCAGCAAAAAUGAAUUCUUUAAAAUAUAAAAAGGAGGUCACAGUUGCUAACAAAUUAAAUCUACUGACAUUUUACGUAGCGUACACAAGUCCUAUUAUAGGCGUUAGUUAGUUUGCAAAUUUAGUAACUGAUCUCUAUGUGCCAGAUAUAGUAAAGAUUCAAUUUGCUGAGGGAACAACAAAAGGAACUCGAGGUCGAUUAUUUAGAUUGUUAUGUAACUUAUGUGACCAUAACCCAAUGUUUGACAAGAUUUUAAAUAAUUUUAUUAAAGAAUGAACAUCGAAAAGGAUACACAUUUAUUUCUACUUUAUUUGUAGAUCUUCAACUUGUUCAUUUGUUCUUUUUCUGUAUUCUUCCCAAAUUUAUAGUUUUAAUAAUGACCCCUUGGAAUGACUAGUCAAAUAAAUACUUCUUAAACGGA